ACCAAAGAAGAAUAAUGAUACUUCUUUUUGUCGGCUCUGGAUGGAUGAUGGGCCGUGUCACCCCCCCUCCCAUAAACCUGGGUUUGAACUUGCAACCUUCGGAAUAUCAGCCACCUGGCAAGGGUGACAUCCACAUUUAUUCAUUCCACGUUUAAAUCCAUAGCAUGCAAGACGUUCGUCAACGUUCUUGCGUAAAGUGUCAAGAUUAAACACCAACUCUGGAACUCUCACCAAGAUGCCCCCUGUACGUGGAAUAACAUUGCCACAUCUCUCUCACGUGUUUAAAAAAAAACGACGUAUGCACUCCAGCGGGCACCGACUGCAUCGCGCGCACGAGCGUGCGCGCGUCACUGCUGCUGUCUUCCCAGACGAUGACUUCCGGAUCCGGAAGGCCGCCCGUCCGGAUAAGAAGCGGAGCCAGGAGACGGCCGCGGGCAAGAGAAGGAAGAAACGGCGAGACGAGUGCGCGCUACAGCUGUCGGAUGAGCUGACCUACGAGCAGGAGCUGCAGGCGGUGCUGGCCCUGUCCAUGCAGGAGAACACGGUCACCGCACCCGCCAACCUGGCAGCAGAGGCCUCGACUCCAGCAGCCACCGAAGAGGUCUCGAACCCUGACCCGCCCAACCAGGCAGCCGCGGCGCAAAACACUUUGGCUGCUGCACAGGAGGACCCCGGCACACCCAUUCCGCCAACGGCCACCGCUACUGCUGCUGCUGCUGCUCCUCCGAGCCCGGAGCAGCUGCCGGCGCCAUCGCGCAAGCGGAAUUCCGGGUCCCCCCUGGCAUUGGCCGAGCCGCCACCAUUGCACGACGAGCCAGAGACGCCCGUGGCGAAGGGAGGAUGCUCCGAGGGAGAGGAGGGCCGCGUCGGUCUGCGGCCAGAGCCGGCGACGGCCUGCGAGCCCGAAUCCGGCCAAGGCGAGGAAGCCGCGGAGGGCGGGCCACAAGCAACCGGUGAUUGCGGAAGCGCGACGACGCCGCCGCCGACGACACUUUCAGCGUCGGCAUCGUCGUCAUCGUCGACGGUGCCAGAAGAGCUCCGCGAUAGGGGGAAACGGCCGGAGGCCCUAGCAGAGUGCGAGACGUCGGAGAGCAUCGAGCGCGCGUCUGGCAAAGGCCAAGCCAAACGCAGGAGCAAGGCCAAGGCCGUCCCUGCCACGCCGCCCCCGCCGCACGACCCUGCCGUCACCCCGUCACCAGCGGCGGCUUCGCCCGUCACGGAGGCGGCGCGCGCAGAAGCGGCGCCCAGCAAGGGGAAAUCUCGCAAGAAGGCGGCGGCGCCGGUGGAAAAACCUGCCAAGAAAAGAGCCAAGUCAAAGGCGAAGGGCGGCGCUGCCCUAGAACAGCCGGCGCAGGGUGGCUCCCCGCCACCUCCUCCGCCACAACCGGCUGUGCCGCCGCAAGACGCGAACGGCGUAACUGCAGAUGCCGCUUCGGAAGCGGCUCCGGACCCGUCUGCAAGCGCGGCCGUGGCCGACGACGGGGCAUCCGACAACGCCGGUGCCGCUGACCACAGCGCGCCGCUCAGGAAGAACAAGAAGGCCAAGGCGGCCAAGCCGGUGGGUACGGCACGGCCCACCGUGCUCACGCCGCAGCAGACCGGCGGCGGCGGAGCGAACCAGGAGGGCACCGAUGCCGAAGCCGUAGCUGCUAACGGUAAGAAGAGCGUGGCGGUCAAACCAGCUGCUGCCAAAACUCGGAAAAUUCCACAGCCGGCAGUUGCUACAGCGGGACGGGGGCUGGGCUCCCCACGGUGCCGAGGGGCCGAGGCGUCAUCGGGAACCCCCGCGGGAGCGGCCGGAGCGGCGCCCGCCCUGGCUCGCUCGCCAGGGGGCAGCACCCUGCGCCUGGGGCUGUCGCGGUUCGCUCGGAUCAAGCCCCUGCACCCCACGCUGCCACCCGAGUAGGACCGUCCUGCCGGGAUUGGACAACGCCAGGAUCGGGCCAAGUGGCUACACACUGAGCCAGGAUCGGUUGAAGUGGAUCAGCUCUAUUUGGUUAAUGUCACCACAACCAGCUAUGUUGGUUAAAUUCACUGGAACCAGCUGUAUUGGAUAAGUUCACCAGAAAUGGAUGCAUUGGAGUAAGUUCAAUAGAAUCUGUUUCAGUUAUAUUCGUUAGGGUCACUGGAAGUGGUUCAGGUUCCCCAGAAUGGGCUAUAUCGGUUAAAUUUUACCGUAAAUAAGCUGCAUUGUUUUAGUUCAUCAGGAUCGGCUGUAUUGGUUAACUUAUUCACCCAAGAAAGCCUGAUUGAGUCUGGAAUAAAACAAUGCAUAUGGGUUCAUGAACCACAUUGCUAUACUUAAAUCUCCUGGCCGACUUGUACCUCGGUGGGUUUGGGAGUUGCAGAAAUGUGCGCGACCCACCAACCCCUUGCCUCUAAAGC